CUUCCCUUCCGGCGCAGAUCUGCCCCGAGUGCCGAGUGGAGGGAGGCGGGGGGAGCGCAUCUCUCAUUCUGCUCAACUCGAUCUUACAUUCUGUUUGUACCUCGGCAUUCUUCUCAGGACUAUCUUGUGGGAUAUCAUCAAUCUCAACAUCAUCGGCAACACCACGACCCAGCUGCGGAAGAUCUACACCAUGACCAAUAAUCAACUCCAGACUCUCGCACUCUUGUACAAAGUGUCUGAUGAGACGCUCGAUCGAGUCAAAAAGACAUUCAAGACUGUUCAUUACCAUCCUGAUGGGUCACCCAUCUCCAAAGAACAUUUGGCAGAGAUUGAAGUCUGGGCAGCGACUUGGCGUGGGCUACCGGAAGAGGUUGAGAGUCUGGACGAGUUGAAAAAGACAAAGUUGGUCCAAUUGAUGAGUGCCGGUGCCAACGCUGCCCUCAAUUCCAAAGUCUUCACCUCGUAUCCGGGAUGGGACAAGAAAUUUGCCCUGUGUACAGCAUCCGGCAUUCACAGUCUUGCGAUCCCUCAGUACAUUGUCAUGUCCAUAAUCAGCUUGUACAACUCUGCCUAUCUGCAAACUCACAAGACCCGAGAUGACAAGAAAUGGUUCUCCAAGUCUGAGCUCCCUGUCCACAAUGCUAUGACACUGUACGGCAAGACAGCCGGUAUGCUGGGAUACGGCUCCAUCGCUCGUGAAGCUGCUAGGCAAUUGAAAGCCAUGAACGUCAGGAUCAUCGCUGCCAAUUCGAGUGGUUCGAAAAAGGGGGACGAUGGGUUCAUGUUCCCUGGGACCGGUGAUGCCGAUGGCUCAAUCCCCGACGAGUACUACUCGACGACUGACAAAGACUCCUUUCACGAGUUUUUGUCUAAAUCGGACAUCCUGAUCGGCUCGUUACCCUCGACCCCCCAGACACAUUACUUGCUUAACAAAGAGCAAUUCGACAUGAUGCCAGAUCGCUCAGUCUUCGUCAACAUUGGUCGAGGUGAUCUUGCACCGUCCGACGACAUCAUCGCAGCUCUGGACGCUCCCAACGGUCUGAUCGGGGCAGCGUUGGACGUCACUGAUCCAGAACCUCUGCCUGAUAACCACCCGCUAUAUUCUCACCCUCGUGUUGUGCUCACCCCUCACACGUCUGGAGAUUAUGAGCAUUACUCGGACGCGGCUGCUGAAUGUGUGAUGGAGAAUGUCAAGCGAUUCAGGGAGAAGGGGACGUUCUUCAACGUCGUAGAUGUCAAGAAGGGGUAUUAGAAUUUCACUUGCGUCCCAAAAAUCGUCUAUAGAGAUCCAUAAAUUGUCUCAAAUUCCAUCAUAUCUCUUGCAACU